GUGUCGUCAGCCAACACUUUUUGCAGCUGCAGUACAAAACAAUGUUCGCUAGCUACAAAAAUUUCUAUAAAAUUCGUUGAAUGAAAUAAUUUCUUGAAGAAUAUACAAUUUAGUUGAGUUGCUUCAGUGAGUGCAGUGCUUGUUUAUUAUACACACACAUACCUACACACAAGAAACACAAAACAAACGUAUAGCGCGCUCGGAUAGCAGUUAUCUCUGCCCCUCCCCCCCAAAUGCCUGUAAAAAAUGGCGAAUCCGAUGCGGAGGGCGACGUCUCUGGCGCUGAGUCGGAGCGCUCGAACUCCAGCCAGGCGCACGACACCUCCGACGAGGAGGAGGAGGAGGCCAAUGAGUGCGAUUCCGAUGAUUCCUCCGAAAUGGAUGCUACCGAAAUCGAACUGCGACGCGCAGAACACAUCGAAGAUUUGGCCAGCUUAGACCGACAGUUUAGUCAGCUGCGCGAACAGUAUUACUGCGAACGCAUCAAUCACAUCGAGCGGCAGCUGGCGGAUGUGCGCUCCGGUCGAUCCGAGGAAUUUGUCCAGCCCCAGAAGGAACUGGACAAAGUCUAUCAAACACGCAUCGAAGUGGCCGACGUGCUGCGCAAGUUUCGCCUGCAGAAUAUCGAGCACAAAUAUCUGUCCGAGGAGCAGGCAGCCACCCAACACUACGAGAGCGAGAAACAAAUGGCCAUAGAUAGUCUGCGCGAGGAUCUAAUGGAGCGCAUACGCCGCCUCGAAGAGGAUCGCCACAAUGUGGACAUCUCCUGGGACGAUUGGGGCAACGAUAAGCGCCAGAGCAAGGUGCGCGGACCAGGACGCAAGAAGGCCGUCACGGUCACCGGACCGUAUGUGGUCUACAUGCUGCGCGAGGAGGACAUUAUGGAGGACUGGACGAUAAUACGUAAAGCACUGAAGCGCUCAUCCACAGCCGCUGGCAAUGUGACGGCGGCGUCGACGCCCAAUCUGGUCGGCAUGCCGCUGACGCCGACGGCGAUGGCCGGUGCGAAUGGAUAACGGUGGCGUUCGGCUGCCUACGGCCAGGCGCGCAGCAAGAAGCUCACCUGACGGCAGCGAAAGGUAGCAUCGGCUACUAACCGGAAUGUCCACUAGUUACAUCUGUUACACGAUGAUUAUGUUUGUAAUAAUCAUGCACGCACGUGUGAGCCUCUAUGCUUGACACUACUCUUUUUUUUAUUGUUUUUUUUUUAGUAUAUAACUUUAAGGAAAAGGAAAAACAGCAACAAAUGUCAACCCUCAAGCAAAUGCAAUCCUAUACUUUAGUCUAUUGUCCAAAUUCUAGUAUAAAUCUUGCAUUACACAUGAUAUAUAUAUAUGUACAUAUAUCAUAUUGUAUAUAUAGCUAUAUAUAGUUGCCUGCGCUCCUUCUCCUGUGCUGAUAUCACAUCUCCACAUUUACAUAUAUAUAUGUAUAUCUCAGAUCUGUACAUUAAAUAAAGUCAAUUUUUUUUCUCAUUACCAUAAAAGCAAAGCAAACAUUUUGCCUAAGCUAGAUAUUGAUAUAAUGUAGUUAAGAAAUCACGCACUUGAGCGGAUAAUGAGUGGAAAUCGAAACACUUCAUAGAAAAAUGUUGCAAGUUCGAAUCCGCCAAAUUUGUUGUAUUGUGUCUAGUUAAGGAAACACCGUGAGAUCCUGUGCAACAAUUUCCCCACAUACAUGUACAUAGAUCUAUAAGAAAUCCACUGGAGUGAAAUCAAAUUCACUGAAUGUUGUGGAAAUUUACAUGAAACUCUAAAUAUAAAACUAGUUUAUAAUAUAAUAUGUUUAUCGGAAGCAGAGAAUCCAUAAAGAACUCGCUUGAAGUUGUGAAAAAUGGGUGAAAA